GCAAGUCUAGCAUCGAAUAAAGGCAAUGGAAUCACAAGUACCACCUCUCCAUACUGGUUCUUCCGUGGUGAGCGUUCAAGAGCUCUUCAAAGAAACCAUGGAGACAGUUCCAGAGAGGUAUGUUAGACGCGACCAAGAACCUCAGUUCCUCUCUGGUAAUGGAAGCUAUGAAACGCCAACCGUUCCAAUCAUUGACUUGGGGAAAUUGUCCUCGGCCCAAACCGGGGGUGAUCAAGAAUUGCAGAAAUUGCAUGUGGCUUGCAAAGACAUGGGUCUCUUUCAGCUGGUUAACCACGGGAUAGGCCCUUCUCUGCUGGAGGAUCUAAAGCGUGAAGUCGAAGAAUUUUUCAAGCUUCCCUUGUCGGAGAAAAUGAAGUUCGGGAUAAGGUCGGGAGAGAUCGAAGGUUAUGGGAAUAUCAUGCCAUCCGAAGAGAAGCUGGAUUGGGGCGACAGGUUCUUCAUGAUACUCAACCCCGUUGCCAAAAGGAGACCUGAUCUCUUUUCAGAGCUUCCUUUGUCACUCAGAAACACCAUGGACUCAUACAUUAAGGAAACGCAAAAGCUGGGUAUGCAGCUACUUGGUUUGAUUUCAAAAUGCUUAGACAUUGAGAUCAAUAAGAUGAAAGAGUUAUUUGAAGAUGGCUUUCAAACUCUGCGGAUGACGUACUAUCCUCCGUGCCCACAGCCAGAGCUUGUUAUUGGGAUGAGACCGCACUCGGAUGCUUCCGGCAUCACCAUCCUCCACCAAAUCAACGGCGUCCACGGCUUCCAAAUUAAAAAGGAUGGAGUUUGGGCACCUGUUCACUUUCUACCAGAUGCAUUUGUAGUGAAUGUGGGAGAUUUCAUGGAGAUUCUUAGCAAUGGUCUUUACAGCAGCAUUGAGCACAGAGUUACAGUGAAUUCGACAAGGGAAAGGAUCUCAAUUGCUAUGUUCUUCAGCCCUAAGCUGGACUCAGAAAUUGGCCCAAUCCAAUCUCUAGCGACUAACAAGAGUCCAGCACUAUUUAGAAGGAUAAAGAUGGAGAAAUAUGUUGAAGAUUACCUGUCCCAGAAGCUUGAUGGAAAGUCCUGUUUAGAGAGGACGAAGCUUCAGUCGAAGAAGGCUGAUGCAUUUCAAGGGGAGUGAACAAGAAGGAUUUAGGAAGAUCCUUGCUUGCCAAGCUUAGUUGACCAGCAAAAUAUUUUAAGCAUCCAAUAAGAGUUUGUCACAUAAUGUUGCACAUCUAUUUUGUAAAUCAAUUUCUAUGUCACUUAGAGUAUUGAGUGUUAUAGCACCGGUAGUUGAAAAAGCAUAAUGUCAUGUAAAAUAGGUAUUUCGCUACACUGGUAUCUUAAUGUUUAAAUGACAUUGUAUAUUUCAGUUUGGGCACUACUUCAUAUAAAUAAUAGUGGGAGUGUGUUAAUAUUUA